AUUAACCCAAAAAGAACAAAAACAUUAAAACGGUGUUAUAUUCCCAACGUCUCUCUCCCAAAUUCACCACCUAAGUAAAGCAGGACCUGACCACCCUGCAGCUUCCAACGUCUUUCUCUCCUUCCAUACAUACAUACAUACAUACAUACAUAUGUGUAGAGGAGAUUUUUCGCACUGUCUAGGGCAGAUCUGACUAUAAAUAUAUACAGUCGCCUUUUCGUUAAAGGAAGGUCCAGGAUUCACGUGCCCUGUUGUAACAGAAUUUGUUUCAUUAAAGAUAAAGAUAUACAUGUAGAAUACAAGACAUGCAAUAGAGUAUUAUCAUUAUCAGGUUUCUUUUCUGUCAUACUUUUUGAACUCUUCUUUUUUCUGGGUGGUUUGUUCUAGUAUAAUAUAAUAUACAAUACACAUCUACUUAGAGAAGGAUUUGAAUGUGCGGGGGGAGUUCAGGAUAAAAGCGUGAGGUUUUGCUUCUUGUACUGUAUUAUCACAUGGUCAUGGGGUUUCAUGAGACGGGUGGUUGUGGGUUUGGUGGGGUGUUAAUUGCUGUGUUGGGUUUCGGGUUGUUGUUGAGUAAUGUGGUGGAUGGAUAUCCAUCUAAGGAUCUGGUCCUCAACUUGCCUGGUCAACCAAAGGUUGGCUUCAGGCAAUAUGCUGGUUAUGUUGAUGUGGAUGUCAAGAAUGGAAGGAGCUUGUUUUACUACUUCGUUGAGGCUGACAAGGACCCUGACCAGAAGCCCCUAGCUCUCUGGCUCAACGGAGGCCCUGGUUGUUCCUCUAUUGGUGGAGGAGCCUUCACAGAGUUGGGUCCAUUCUUUCCUAAAGGAGAUGGCCGCGGCCUUCGAAGAAAUUCAAUGUCCUGGAACAGAGCAUCGAAUCUCCUCUUUGUCGAGUCUCCUGCUGGAGUAGGAUGGUCGUACUCAAAUACAACUUCUGAUUAUACUACUGGAGAUGCCAAAACAGCCAAGGAUAUGCACAUGUUCUUAUUGAAGUGGUAUGAGAAGUUCCCAGAUUUCAAAUCCAGAGAAUUGUUUCUCACUGGAGAAAGUUAUGCAGGGCAUUACAUACCACAGCUGGCUGAGGUUCUUCUGGACCAUAAUGCACAGUCAACUAAUUUCAAGUUCAAUAUCAAAGGAGUUGCUAUUGGUAAUCCACUUCUUAGACUUGAUCGGGAUGUUCCAGCAACAUACGAAUUCUUUUGGUCCCAUGGGAUGAUUUCUGAUGAGAUCGGCCUCAAGAUCAUGAAUGAAUGCGCCUUUAAUGACUACACCUAUGCAAGUCCGCAUAAUGUAACCGAUUCUUGCAAUGAUGCGAUAUCUCAAGCAAAUAGCAUCAUUGGCGAUUACAUAAACAAUUAUGAUGUGAUUCUCGAUGUUUGCUAUCCAUCCAUAGUAAAUCAAGAGCUACGAUUGAGGAAAAUGGCUACCAAGAUAAGUGUUGGUGUUGAUGUGUGUAUGACCUAUGAAAGACGUUUCUAUUUCAAUCUUCCCGAGGUUCAGAAGGCUCUUCAUGCAAAUCGGACCAAACUACCUUAUCCUUGGUCCAUGUGCAGUGAUGUAUUAAACUACAGCGACACUGAUGGUAACAUUGACAUACUUCCCAUUCUAAAAAAGAUAAUUCAAAAUCAUAUUCCAGUUUGGGUUUUCAGUGGCGAUCAAGAUUCUGUUGUGCCACUUCUGGGCUCCCGGACACUCGUCAAAGAACUUGCCCAAGAUCUAAAUUUCAAGAUUACAGUCCCAUAUGGAACAUGGUUUCACAAAGGCCAGGUUGGAGGUUGGGCAACAGAAUAUGGAAAUUUAUUGACUUUUGCCACAGUGAGGUCAGCUGCCCAUAUGGUGCCCUAUGCACAACCAUCAAGAGCUUUGCAUCUGUUCAGUUCAUUUGUGCACGGCCGGAGAUUGCCAAAUACAACACACGUUCGAAUGGAUGAUUGAGAAUCUUCACCAUUUAUUACAGCCUGAUAGAGUUUCUAGUUGUUUUAUUCCAAGUUCCAAAACUUCCUCACCUUAAGAAGGCAGCGAGGGAGUAAUUGAGUUUCCAGCAAUAGCAAUUGCAAGAGAUAGGACGUUUCAAUCUAUUUCUUUAGAAAUGGGAAUUCAGUGUUUGGGACUUUUAUCUUCAUUUCAUUGCUGGCAUCUGUACCCAAUUGGAAUGUAAGGUUCCUGAUUGAUUUGAUAGAGUGAAGAACUGGUUAGUUCCAAGCAUCCAAUCUCAGAGUCUAGUUAACCAGCUUGUUUUGAAUUGGUUUGUUAAAGAAUCCUUUGGACUUUGAUACGUUAACAAGUAAUGUUCUUGCUAA